GCAGCAGCGUUUCCUCCUUACCACUGGAUCUCUGUAAUGGAGGGGAGCAGCAGCCAGAUGGUACAUUACUAGCCAGAUCCUUUCUGGUCUGGUAGCUCCUCACCCCACCCCCACCGCGCACCUCUCACUUGCUGGAGAAGUUGCCUGCUCUCUGUGGAUGUGAAUCACCUCCGAUUGGAGGGGACCGCGGCUAUUUAUUUAGGAACUGCCAGCUCGCAAAAGUUUCUAGGCAGGAAGCUGGGCUCCACGCAACUGGGGUGGAGGAGGAGGCGAGAGGAGAGAAAAGAAGAAGGGGGAAAAAAAAAAAAAAAAAAAAGUUUCGCUCACUUCUCUCCUUGGCGGAGCCCCUCCCCGCUCCGAGGGGAGAGCUAGAGAUGCUGCUACUUGCAACAGGCUGCUAUAGUAGCAGCGGCAGCCUGAGUAACACGUCCCCAGGAGACUAGCAGGAGCAACACGUGAUGUGUCUACUUAUCAGGGGAGAAGAGGAGGAAGGGAAGUUACUGUGGAGUUGAUGAACUUUGCACAUCCACAGAAACGCCAUUUUGAUUCCUUUUUCCGGAACAACUUUGCGUCUCUUUCGGCCCCCCCCCCCCCUUCUCUUCGCCAACCCAUCAUCCGUGCAUCAUGUCUCGACGCAAACAGCCCAGCCCCAGCAAAAGCAAGGUACUAGAGGGUGCUAUAGAGGAACUAGACUCUGCUAAGCCUAAUACACUAAGUGGGGAGAGCAGCAAGCAAGAAGAAAACCUCAUUGUUCAACAGUCAAGGGAGGAAAAUGAAGAGAAGCAGCUCAAAAGCUUAACCAAUUACAAGACACCAACUUUACCAAACAGUUUGGAAGGUACAGACUUGUCCUCCAUUGACGCCAUGAUGUCAGCUGUAAUGAGCGUGGGGAAGAUCGCUGAAAAUGGUGGGAACUCUCAGAACAUCAAGUCCCCAUCGAAGUCUCCUGCACCAAAUCGGAUUGGCAGGAGGAACCAGGAAACAAAAGAAGAGAAGUCUUCCUAUACCUGUCCUCUAUGUGAGAAGAUUUGCACUACACAGCACCAGCUAACUAUGCACAUUCGUCAGCAUAACACUGACACUGGAGGGACAGACCAUUCCUGCAGCAUCUGUGGAAAGUCUCUGAGCUCAGCAAGCUCCCUUGAUCGCCACAUGCUGGUGCACUCAGGUGAAAGGCCUUAUAAAUGUUCAGUAUGUGGACAGUCCUUCACCACCAAUGGGAACAUGCACAGACACAUGAAGAUUCACGAGAAGGAUCCAAACAGCACUGCAAGUACUACUCCCCCAUCUCCUCUGAAGCGCAGACGAUUGUCAUGUAAGAGGAAACUUAGUCAUGAGCCUGAGACAGACGGAGAGGAACGAACCCCAGCAAAAAAGGUUGUCGAGGAGGCUCAGUCCAGUGAAGUGGAGAAGAAGACUGAGGAGGAAGUUUAUCGUUGUCCAGUGUGUUUCAAAGAAUUUGUAUGCAAGUAUGGGCUGGAGACCCAUAUGGAGACCCAUCCAGAUACCUCACUGAGGUGUGACACUUGUUGUAUUACCUUUCGCACUCAUCGGGGUUUGCUGCGUCAUAAUGCAGUUAUUCACAAGCAGCUUCCAAGAGACCCAUUGGGAAAGCCUUUCAUUCAGAACAAUCCUUCAAUUCCAGCAGGCUUCCAUGAUUUGGGAUUCACAGACUUCUCCUGUAGGAAAUUCCCCCACAUUUCUCAGGUCUGGUGUGAAACGAAUCUACGAAGAUGCAUCAGUGAAUUUCAUCGGUUUAUUUGCGAGACAUGUAACAAGGCAUUCCCCAUGCAUUCGGCACUCAAACUGCACACAGAAACCCAUAUGGUUGAUCAGGGAAAAGAAAAGCACAAACCGCAGAUGAAGACCCCAGCUGGUGAGAAUCCAGACCAGAAAGUCUACAUGGCGUCCUUGGGCCUACAGCACACCAAAGACAUCAAGCCUGUCAAACAGGAGGAGGUUAUGCAAGAUGAGGUCCAAGAAAUGCAGCUUAGAACACUGAAGAGUAACCUACCUCAGGAACCUGGCAGCACUAGCCUGCUGAGUAUGUCUGCCCUGGAAGCUGCUUCCAUGGGAGGUUCUUUUUCGGUCCUUCCACCUACAAAAGAGAACAUGAAGCUCCUGUCGUUGCAGCCUUUCCAGAAGGGCUUUAUCAUUCAGCCCGACAGCAGUAUUGUGGUCAAACCCAUCUCCAACGAGUCUGCCAUCGAACUGGCCGACAUUCAGCAGAUCUUGAAGAUGGCUUCUUCAGCUCCUCCUCAGAUAAGUCUUCCGCCACUUUCUAAGGCACCUGCUGUCCCCGUGCAGUCUAUUUUCAAGCAUAUGCCUCCACUAAAGCCAAAGCCCUUGGUGGCUCCUCGAACAGUUGUAGCAACCUCUACGCCACCUCCACUGAUCAGUGCACAGCAAGCCUCGCCUGGGUGCAUCAGUCCAAGCCUUCCCCCGCCAUCGCUGAGGCUGAUCAAAAACUCCGUGGAGUCCGCUUCCAGGGCUCACCUUACGCAGUCCAAAUCAGGAAACAAAUCCAGUUCUUCUUCACAGUUAUUCGCUCAGCCCAAGACAGAGCCACUGAGUCAGCACGAAAUGAAAACACAGCUGGAACAAGAUAGUAUCAUCGAAGCCCUGUUGCCUUUGAGUAUGGAAGCCAAGAUCAAGCAAGAGGUCACAGAAGGGGACCUCAAGGCCAUCAUUGCGGGGGCCGCAAAUAAGAAAGCGCCAGCAAUGAGGAAAGUCUUGUACCCGUGUCGCUUCUGCGACCAGGUGUUUGCCUUCUCUGGUGUCUUGAGGGCUCACAUUCGCUCUCACUUGGGCAUCUCCCCUUACCAGUGCAACAUCUGCGAAUACAUUGCAGCUGACAAGGCAGCACUGAUUCGACACCUGCGGACACACAGUGGAGAGAGGCCGUACAUCUGUAAAAUUUGCCACUACCCUUUCACAGUGAAAGCCAACUGUGAGAGGCACCUGCGCAAAAAGCACCUCAAAGUGACCAGGAAGGACAUAGAAAAGAACAUUGAGUAUGUCACCAGCAAUGCAGCAGAGAUGGUGGAUGCUUUCUGCUCCCCUGACACAGUGUGCAAAUUCUGCGGUGAGGAUCUCAAGCAUUAUCGCGCCCUGCGCAUACACAUGAGGACUCACAGCGGCUGCCAGAAGAAGAAGCCAUUUGAGUGCAAAGAGUGCGGCACUGCCUUCUCAGCCAAGCGAAACUGCAUUCACCAUAUCCUCAAGCAACACUUACACGUGCAAGAGCGGGAGAUAGAGAACUACAUCCUGGUAGUGGACUGCAGUCCUCAGGAGAACCAGCAAGACCCUCCACUACUGGAGGACAGCACUUACAUGGACCACAAGUCCAUCACGUCUUUCCUGGAAUCGCAGAAUGGCUUUUUGCGGGGGGCACCUUCUCAUGUUCCAAUCAAACUUGAACCUGCAAAUAAUUUCCCGAUGGACUUUGACGAGCCUUUAGACUUCUCGCAAAAGAACAAAAACUUAAGCACAGUGCAAGUGAAGCAGGAGAACCUGUUUGGCACCUCUUCCUUGUCUCAUUAUGACUGUUCCAUGGAGCCCAUAGACCUGUCGAUUCCCAAAGCCCUCAAGCAGGAUAAAGAUGAAGUCCAGAGUGAAGCCAAGAAACAAGACCAAGUUUCUGGGAAUAGCGACAAGCUCUAUAACUGUCAGCAGUGCCCUCUGGCCUUCAGUGCCAAUGGGAACGUGGAGAAAAAUGGAGCCCUCAAACAUUCCCAGCCAGCGAAGGGUCCCUUGCAUUUGACUGUCCCAAUCAUUUCUCCAGCUCUUCUCGGCAACCCUGGCUUGCUGCGACCCUUGAGGCCUAAGCCACCACCUCUUUUGCCAAAGCCUCCGGUAACUAAAGAGCUGCCACCUCUGGCUUCCAUUGCCCAGAUCAUUUCAUCUGUGUCUUCUGCUCCUGCUUUGCUGAAAACAGAGGUAACAGACUCCAGUCCCAAGGCAGCCAGCAGCUCCGCUGGUUCUGAUAAAUCAGGGAACUCCAAACCAAAAGCGACAAUCACGAUGGCUAUCCAGAAAGAUUCCAGCCUUCCCAGUGAUCUUACUCAGAAGGCAUACAAUCCAAAUGUUCCAGAGAAGUCUCCUGUUGCUGAUGCUGGAUUGGCUAAGAAAAGAGGUAGGAAGAAAGGAACAAAAAACAAGCCUAAAGCGAGCAGCGGUGUGGACCUGGAGUCAAGCGGGGAGUUUGCUAGCAUAGAGAAGAUGCUAGCUACCACAGACACUAAUAAAUUUAGUCCAUUUCUGCAGUCCACUAAUGAUUUCAAAGAGGAAGCUGACAGAAACGGAACAAGUGAAGAUGAGAGAGAAACUGCCGAUGAUAAGCUGCUGAGAGGAAAGAGGAAUGCUUACUCAAACUGCCUGCAAAAAAUCACCUGUCCUUAUUGUCCCCGAGUCUUUCCUUGGGCGAGUUCCCUGCAGCGCCACAUGCUCACUCACACAGGUCAGAAGCCCUUCCCCUGUCAAAAAUGUGAUGUCUUCUUUUCUACCAAAUCUAACUGUGAACGCCACCUCUUGCGCAAACAUGGAGUUGCCAACUGCUCUCUGAGAAGAAACGGGCUUAUCCCCCAGUCUAAAGAAAGUGAUGCUGGAUCUCAUGAUAGCACAGACAGUCAGUCAGAUCUGGAGACUCUAGGUGGGGUUCUGGAUCUGACCUCCUGUGAGAGAGAGCAGCCAGAGGAAGAAACGGAGCUACCAGAAAACAAAUGCAGUCCCAAACAGGAGCAAAAGGCUGACUCGCCCCAAGGAGAAGAGGAUGCACAAGAUAAAGCAGAUGAGUAUGAAGACGGACCAGAGGAAGACUCUGUAAGUAACAAAAGCCUUGACCUCAAUUUUGCCAGCAAGCUGAUGGACUUUAAACUGUCAGAGAGUGACCAGAGUGCAGGUAACUGUUCUCAGACUGAAAAGAAACACGCCUGUGAUGUUUGUGGGAAAACCUUCAAAUUUGCUGGCACUCUUGGACGGCACAAAAAGGCCCAUGCUCGCGAGGACAGAAAGGACGAAAAGAGCAGUGAGGAUGAAAGCAAGUGUGUUCAGGAUGAAGCUGGAGCUCCCCCAAAGCAAGACUCCACUCUUGAUCAGGAAGAGCCCCCAAUGGACUUACAGGUGCUAGAAUCUUCUGUGGACUGUGAAGCAACAGGAAAGGAGAAUGAAGAGAGCGAAAGCAUCUCUGAGGGAGAGAGCACAGAGAGAAAGUCCUGUGAGAAGAGUGAUGAUGACAAAAAACCAAAGACUAAUGGGGCAAAGAGUACCACAAAGGCAGACAAGAGGAAGAAAGUCUGUACUGUGUGCAACAAGCGGUUUUGGUCUCUACAGGACUUGACACGACACAUGAGAUCCCAUACAGGAGAGAGACCGUACAAAUGUCAGACCUGUGAACGGACCUUCACUCUGAAACACAGCCUGGUUCGUCAUCAGCGCAUACACCAGAAGGUCAAGAAUGCUAGGAACCAUGAGAAGGAGAGUGACAAAGAGGAGACCCAGUCUAGGUGUGAAGAAGACAGUGAAAAUGAGUCUAUCCACAGUGGUACUAACCCCAUCUCAGAAAACGAGUGUGACUCAGUUGCAGGCCUUGGUAACCAUUCAUCUGUCUGUAGAAACCGAAAAGAAAGUCUGGCCAAUGGAGCGAAGGAUUCCCUUUGCAGAGAGGAAAAAACCCCUGGACGAACAGCCAGUACUUGCUUUGCAGAAUCCAACAAGAAUGCACAGAAACAGAUCACAAAAGAUCAGGAAUCUCGGGGUAACUGUGAUCACGAGAGUCCAUCAGGUUUCAUUCAGGACUUGCUGGAGAUGCACAACAAAAAAUCUCCCAUGAAUCACAUUCUUGCCUCUGCAGAUAGUGCACCUCAGCUUUUGGGAGUUGAGUGAAUUUUUUACUAUGAAAUUGGACCCAUCCCAGCACACAAACUAAAACCAGCAGAGCAAGGUUUUUGGAAUAUAUUUUGUAAGAGUGACCUUCAGCUGUGGGAUAGUAUGGCAGACUGGAUUCAGUGCCAUAUGCCUUUCAGUAUAAUAAUGCAAGAGACUACAAUACAUACUGAUUUGAGUGCCUUACUACUUUAUUAGAUCUUUUGGUAUCAUAGGUUUUUUCAAAAAAAAAAAUGAUUUUUUUUUUUGUAAUAUUUUAAUGAAUUAUUUGGAGAGGACCUUUUUCAUUUAAGCAUUAAUGUUACCUUUUGUAUUGGUGUGUGUGUGAGCUUGUUCUUGUAUAUCUGUUAUAGUCGCUGUGUUUGUUCUCUGAGCUGGAAAUGGGGGCAGUGGGGUGGGGAAGCCCUUGGAUACCACAGCCAAUAACUGGAAGAAAAUUACAUGAAUUUCAGAUGAGAUAGCCAGAGGAAAUAUGUACGAGAUGCUGAUUUUUCUCAGUAUAGACGUUCUUGCAUUUGCCAUACGAUGGAGCAUUAAUCCAGUUCCAGGUAUUAACGACAUGGUGGUUGAAGGUGUUCAAAGUUGGUUAAAGCCAAAACCAGGAAAGACAAAUAGCUUUCAACCUCAUAACUUGUUUCCACUUUUCAGCAUUAGAAAUGGUAAUCUAGUUACCAUUUAAAGACAUUCUUUCUGGCCACUGUGGACUGAGUACACAGAGAAGAGUUACAUAGCAACUUAACCUAUGGAAAUUAUGCACCCGCUGUUAUAUAUGUUUGAUUUGCUUCAAUAUAUUAUUAUUAUUAUUAUUAUUAUUUUAUUAUUAUUAUUUUAUAAAUUCAUCAGUUUGCUAGUCUCUGCAGUCAGCAGAAACGAAUGGGCAAUAUUUGCCCACUGAGAUCUACAGUGCAGCUUGGAUCCCCUGUUUAAGCUUUCACCAACUCCCCUCUCAUGUUGCAGCUCUUCUACUGUACUUAAAUGGAACCCUUCCUCUGACUGGAGAAUCAAAUGGAGGCCAAGAAAGUAAUCACCACAAAUGUACAGGGGAACAUCUCACUAGUGAUAGCAUGCCUGCAUAGGUAUGUGUGGGGAGGGCCAUGAAAGGACUCCCCUUCCCACCUUGAGUGCAUGAGGAAGGCACUGCAAAUUGCUUCGUUCCGAUCACAUGACAUUUGUUACUAAUGAGCAAAGUUAUUUAGUCUUCCAGUUGAAAGAAAGCAAGAAAGAAAUGCGAGCCUUAUCAUGAUCUUGCUACCGUCUUUUUCUAAAGCAAGAAAAUACUACUGGUAAUAAAACUACAAAUAUAAAACAUGUUAAAAAUAAAUAAAAUAAAUUUAAAAAAAAUCUUUCUUCCUGAGGUUUUGGGGUUGAUGCUUGAAGACUAGUGUGUGUUUCUAAAUUUCAUAUUGAUAGUUUAACCGCUUUAAUGCUGGGGGUUGGGAUUUCUUCACAGGCUUCCUGUUGCCUACAACAGGAGAUAUUCCCAACCACCAGCAUUUAUUGGGUUAAGCAAAAUGUAUCCUACUGUAGCUGUGCAUUUUUUGGUAUGUUCAGCAUUCUGUUGUUCUUGUUGUCCUUCAGUCAUGAUCUCUGGGACAGACAGAGCCAUAGUAUUGCUGGACUCUCACUGUGCCGUUCCACCACUUCAGCUCCCUCACCCAUACUGUGAUCCUCCCUUCCCUUCCCAGGCAAAAUCACAUGUCCUACGUUCAUUAGACUUGGAAGAAGAGGACCUUAAAUCUCUCUCUCUCUCUCUCUCUCAACAAAUUUUCUGGAGACUGAAAUCCAACUCCCCAGAAUUCAAAGGAAGAAAAAUGUUCUCAAGUGAUAAUCUCGCAUAUAAAAUAAGAAAAGAAAAAAAAAUGGUUGAGGUAUAUGUGAUUUUUUUUUUUUAAUUAGGGAUGUAUGAACCAGAUUUGAAAUAAGUUACUCGAAACUAAUAAAAAAUCAGAACCAAUGAUUCCUUUAAAACUUUACCAGGUGUGUUCUACUUAGUUUAAACCAGUUCACACAUCCCUUAAUUUUUUAUUACUAUUAUAAUUAUAAUAAUUAUAUUAUUUGGGGUAUUUUUGGUUUUUUGUUUGUUGUUUAUUUUUAAUUUUGGGGGUUUUUUUGCAGCUCUCCACACUAAACUGCGCAAUAUUAUGGGGGAGAAGCCAUUACUAAACUAUAUGCUGCAGAACAAUGUAGCAAGUAAUCAAUUCCCAGCAGCCUGCCGGGACAUCUGCUAGCAAUAAUCACUAUUGAUUUAAAGCUUUAUUUAGCCUUUAUCUAUAUCCUAGUAGAUUAUAAGGUCUUGCCACAUUUUAUUGACAUUUUUAUUAGUUGAGUUUGACUGAGAAAACUUUUGUUGUUGUUUUUUCCCCCAAUAUUAAACUGUGAAGUUUAUAACAUGUUUAAACUAUGGGUGAAUCUUAGGCUUAGUUUGCAUGUUCAGCUAAUUUGUCUUUUUUUUUUUUUUUUUUUUUUUUUUGAAUCCUUUUAUUUUUCCUUUCUCAGGGCUUUUACAAAAAAAAAUGGAUCUUCUGAAAUUCUUUUGUCAGAGUUGCAAUGGACUUAACGAUGAAAUAAUUCAAUCACUACAUUAAGCACUUGACUGUGAAAGCGCAAAAAGAAAAAGAGAACUUAUGUUUGUGACUAUUCUCAAAUGGCUUUUCGGAGCUAUGUGACGGUCUGAUUCCAUUUUCAGAAUGAUUCAUAAUCUUCUCUCCCCUUCUGUGUGAGUGUCUCUCUCUCCCUCUCUCUAUUCAAGAAGGAAAUUUAAUCUUAGUGAUUUCAGCCCAUGCAGGAAACAAUAAUAAAUGUGUAGAAUUCAUAUUUUUUCUAAAGGGAACUUAAACUGCUGCUACAAGUUGUGUACAAGACUGGUUUAUGCCACAUGAACAGAGAAUCACACGUUUGUUUUGGUACUUUUAUUCCUCUCUUUAUUCAGUUGUACAGUACUUCCAAAUUCAAAUUGAAAGUAAACCUGUUCUGUAUCAAACCAUCUAAGCAAUAAAAUGUUAUAUUUAAAAAUUA